UGACUGUGUGCACACAACCGGAGUAUAUUCUGAUCAAGCAGUAUAUGACGUGGAAAGAUGCACAGAGUUACUGCAGGACCAACCACAUCGACCUGGCCACCGUUCAGACCGACGAAGACUGGGCAAGUCUGCAAGAAGAAACAAAUAGGCUCUUUGGCGUCGUCUGGAUCGGACUGUACAACGACAUCAACGGCUGGCGCUGGUCCUACAAUCAAGAGAGUCUGGUGUUCAAGUCCUGGGCUUCGGGUCAGCCUGAUAACUAUUACGGGAAAGAGGAGUGCGUCGCAUUUAAUAACGGAGUCUGGAGUGAUUUCACCUGCACCAUCUCUUAUAACUUCAUAUGUUAUGAUGGAAGUUCAAACGUAACACAGAAAAUGGUUUUGGGCAAGACUACAAAAACAUGGGUGGAUGCUCAGACGUUCUGCAGAGGCCGCUACACGGACCUGGCUACCAUCAGGAGUCCAGAAGAGCGUGAAGAGAUAACCACACUGACGAGAGAUGUCGGGGGGUACUGGUGGAUCGGCCUGCACAGAGACAACUGGAAGUGGUCAGAUCAGGCAAACGUCACCUCCUCGACAAAACUCAUCACUGACGGAUUUGGAGCCCGGAACUAUGACUGCAUUGACGCCAAUAUUUAUUAUCGUACAAUUAAUAUACAGCUAUGCUCCACAAAUUAUUACUUCAGCUGUAACACUGUGAGGAGGAACAGGCAGGUGAUCCGGAUGCAGGUGAAAACCACCGAGAAUACCAGCGACACUGAACUGAAGACGCUCGUCUUAAACAAGUUACAGCAGACGCUGAGAGAUGAGGACGUCACAGUGAUGUGGAGGACACAACCCAACGGGAAAGUCUUCCAGGAGAUCAACACUGUGCAGAAACAAAACAACACAAACACUACUCGUGACUGUUCUUGGCUGGAGUAGAAUUGACCUCAGAUUAAAGCAUCUUUUCUUAGUUAUAGAUCUCUGAAUUAUUACAUCAAAUUAACAAUUCCUAGUCAUUUCUCAAAAACAGUUGCAUUAGUAUGCAUUUAUUAAUUUAGCUUAACAUAUGUAUUCCUAA